UACGCACGCAGUCACGCGUACACGCGAGAUUACGAACGACGCCGUUUACGCUGAAACGGCGAGCAAUUGCGGGCCAGCUGUGGGGCUCUCUCUCCAGAAUCCGGGGCCCGUUCCGCGCGGACGGUCCCAGCUCGCCUCGGAUACCUGCCACCAGGUGUCUCCACGAGCAGUGCCCAGCAGCGAGAGGCAGGAGCAGUCGUCGGGGCGCCUCCGCACCGCCAGCAUCGCACGCGUCUUUUCUCUUUGCCGUUUCCUCCUUCGUCCACCCUGCCGCGGACAUCCCCUCGCGAUAUCUCGCGAUUCGAGCGUGGCAAGAACCGAGCAUGAGGCCCGGUGCAUCGCACCCGGACCCGUUGACCGGCUAGUGAACGGAAUCGGACUUACCCAAGUGACAGACCGGAGCUGCCCAGAGCCGAUCGACAACCCCCGCCAAUGGUGCCGGCAACACGUCGGCAGCCCCUGACCCAGGACAAGUCCAGCAGAGGGGUAGGAUGCAACAGCAACAGCAGCAACAACAGCAGGAGCAGGACCAAGAGCGGGGCGCCGUGAUGGUGGCGUCGUCCUCGUCGACGUCCACGCCGACCACCGCGGAAUUGCGGGACGUGGCCAGUGUCAACGAUGCGGCUUUGCCUAGUUUCACGCUACAGAGCGUGGCCCUUGGCCUCCAGGGAGCCCUGCUCGCCGCGCUCCAGAGAGCAGCGCUGCUUCCGCCCGGACACGCCGCCGCCGCCGCCUUGAACCUCCAGGCGUUGGAGACGUACUUGACCCUUCAUCGUCUUCACGCGAGCAGUGCGGCGCCCGGUGUCGCCCAGACGGGACUGGCCGGCGCCGGGAAUCAGAGGUGUUCGCCGAUUAACGUGGCCCUGGAGAACCCGCUGGCGUCCGCCUCGCCGUCCAAGAACGACCACCUGGCGGCGGAGAGGCUGCUGCAGGAGGACGAGGACGAGGGUCGGUUGGAGUUCAUCGAGGACCCCGAAGAGAACCUGGCGCUGCUCGAGGAACAGGAAGUUCUGCUCAGAGACACCUCCGUCGCGACGACGUACUCCAACCAGGAGACUCUCCUGCGACGGAUAGCGGAUGGGAACCGGGCCAAUACCGGCACCGUCAGCAACGCGUCCCAGUCGACGAACUCGACGCAGGUCGCCACCUCGUUCACGUCGCCGGCCUCGUCGUCGGCCUGCUCGUCGUCGUCCUCCUCGUCCCUGUCUUCGUCGUCGCCGCUUCAGGCGACCACCACCUCCGUCGAGUCCAGUAUACCCAGGACAUGCAGGGCCUCCAGGCCGAAGAAGCAGUUCAUCUGCAAGUUCUGCAGCCGGCAGUUCACCAAGAGCUACAACCUGCUGAUACACGAGAGAACCCACACCGACGAGAGACCGUACUCUUGCGACAUUUGCGGAAAGGCCUUCCGACGGCAGGAUCACCUCAGGGACCAUAGGUACAUCCACAGCAAGGAGAAGCCGUUCAAAUGCGCGGAAUGCGGCAAAGGGUUCUGCCAGAGCAGGACCCUGGCGGUGCACAAGAUCCUGCACAUGGAGGAGUCGCCGCACAAGUGUCCGGUCUGCGCCAGGAGUUUCAACCAGAGGAGCAACCUGAAGACCCAUCUGCUGACCCACACGGACAUCAAGCCGUACCACUGCGCCUCCUGCGGCAAGGUGUUCCGUAGGAACUGCGACCUGAGGAGGCACUCGUUGACCCACAAUUUGGGCGUCUCGACGUCGCCGCCGCCGCCGGGGAUCCCCGUGCCUGGCUCCAGCACCGUUGUGCUCCAGGAGACGUCCUAGUGACCCCCCCGUCCCCACCCCCCAGUGAACCCGCCCGAAAUUUCUGCAUUGUACCAGCAAAUCGUCUUCGGCGCGCGAUCUGUUCGUCCCGCGACGCGUUCCCCUUCGAAGCCACGGAAUCGAUUGUUCGCCACGAUCUUGGUGUGAUCCGACAGUGGAGGAAAGUUUGCGCGCGACCUGUUCCUUCUCGAACGAAGACUUUUGAAAGGAUCUUUCGGUGGUGUCGUCGAUCGAACUGAUACGUUGACGUCGCCGCGGAAUGUUUUCGUGGCCGACACGUGACAAUCGAUGCUCGCCGGGGCCCUUCUUUCGAAUGAGAGGUACGAAAGAUCGGAAAUCCGAUAGUCGGGACAGCGAACGAAGCUCUGCCACUGUUGGACCUGCUCUGGCCCCGAUUCUUAGCUUACCCACCUGCGUACGUAUCUGUAACUGUUAAUAUUAGAUUACGAUUAUUAUUGUUCGUUUCGACGUGGUUAUUCACGGAUUAACGUCCGCUAGAUCUGUAAUUGUGUUACGCUCGACUCUUUCUCUAUGCAUAGGCGUCCGGAGUAGUAUGUAAAGAGGACCGUUUGCACGUUUACACUGUGUACCUACGUGCGCGUUGUGUUCCGUUUGUACGUGUAAAAUAAACUUUUAUUAUAUUAUUUUUUAA